UCUCCUGCCCUCUGACACAUUGGGUGCUGGGGAGGGAAAUGGGGACUGCAGGAUGCGUCACACCCGGAAGUGGAGAGCCGGAAGUGGGGUUGGGCAGGUUAUCCCCAGGGUUGGGGAAGUAGAGGCCCUGAAAGAGGCGGAAAAAAGAGGGCGGAGGAUCCUGGCUACUACUCUGAAUCGGAAAACGAUUCUCUUAGAACUCAGAGACACAGAAAAAGGGAAGAGUGUCUCAUCCCAUUCCUCCUUUCCUCCCUUUCCGCAGCCUCAGCCAUGGCCGAAGCAGGGGCCGGGCUGAGUGAGACCGUCACUGAGACAACGGUUACCGUGACAACCGAACCCGAGAACCGGAGCCUAACCAUCAAACUUCGGAAGCGGAAGCCAGAGAAAAAGGUGGAGUGGACGAGUGACACUGUGGACAAUGAGCACAUGGGCCGCCGCUCAUCCAAAUGUUGCUGUAUUUAUGAGAAGCCUCGGGCCUUUGGUGAGAGCUCAACCGAGAGUGAGGAGGAGGAAGAGGAAGGCUGUGGUCACACCCACUGUGUACGGGGCCACCGCAAAGGACAGCAUCACGCAACCCCAGGACGGACGCCCACCACCCCUCCUCAGCCUCCUGACCCCUCCCAGCCCCCUCCAGGGCCAAUGCAGCACUAAAUUCCUCUCUUCCGCACCA